AUGGCUUCACCACCACCCCCACCCACGAAGCGAGUAAAACUCGGCGCGCCCAGCCAUAAAUCCUCAUCACGGAGAGAGCUUGAACUUGCGGUCGGAAUUGCCGGUUAUGUGCACCCAGAUCUGCCUGGAUGGCAGGGUGUGUUCAAGCAGCGGUACGCGGACUUUCUGGUGAAUGAGAUUGGGCUCGAUGAGAAGGUUGCGCACUUGACGGAUUUUGGGUCGGGGUUUUUGAGGAAAGAGGGUAAAAGGAGGGAGGAAAAGAAGGAGCAAAAGGAGGAGGCGGUUGAGUCGUCCGCUCCCAGAACAGUCGGGGAUGUGAGAGACAAGCCGGACAAGACAGAAGAGAAGGAUAACGGCCCAGAAAACCCCAAGCUUCAAAAACAUAUAACCCGGAGCAUAGACCGUGAAGAACGAGGUUUUGUCCACAUUGCAAUUCGAGAAUUCUCCUCGGGAAAAAUAGACUCGGUUACCUUGAGCGGCGACCAAGAAGGGUGUAUCAGAAUUUAUGCGAGCACCGGGCAGCCUGGUACGCGUCAGAGGAAGCGGGGCAAUCGCGUAGGACGGAGGAGGAAUAACUCUGGUAAAAGGAACGGAGAAGCAGGGCUGGAUUAUUGUCAUUUCUUGGUCUACAAGGUAAAUAGGGAUACCAUGGAUGUUAUGGGGGUUCUACCUCACUUAGUUGGUGGUGCUGGGGGGAGGAAUCCGUUCUCGUUUGCUGGGAACAAAGAUAAGAGGGCUGUUACCGUAUCGUGGUUCUCUGCAUACAAGAUUCGUGCGGAGCGGUUGGCUCAGUUAAACCAGGGAGAGGGCGGUCUUAGAGGGUGCCACCUGGGGAAUUUCUGCUACAAGGAUACAGGUCUAGGACUCGGCGAUCUAUGCGGAAAUGAGUUCGUCAUUACCCUCCGAGAGUGUGUUUCUUCGGACACGAGUAAAGGCUUAGGGGAGGUUGUUGGCACUGCGAUGCAGCGUGUCAAGGAAACCGGCUUCUUAAACUACUUUGGGCUCCAGCGCUUUGGCAGCCACGGGGUCAGAACAUGGGAGGUCGGGGUGGAGAUGCUUAAAGGCAACUGGCGCGGUACUAUUGAGAAAAUCUUGAGCUACGAUCCCGCGAUUCUGGAAAAAGAUGAUGGAUCUGUCUCCAGAGAGGAGAAAUCCCGCGCACAGGCUUGCCACGCUUUCCUUACCACCUACGAUUUCCAGAAGGCCGUGGAACUUAUCCCCCGCCGGUCAAAUGCUGAGAGAGCGAUCCUCACAUCCUUCAGAGAUCGGGGUAUAGAGGCUAACGAGCAUGGCGGGAGGCUAGAUUAUAUGGCAGCGCUACAGGCUGUCCCUAGGAACAUGAGAACAAUCUAUCUUCAUGCUUUUCAGAGCUUUGUCUGGAACUAUGUCGUUACCGAGAGGAUUUCUUGGGGUGCUAAGGUCCUACCCGGCGAUCUGGUGAUGGCGGAGUCCACUACUGCCGCCAAGAGCAAAGCACCUAAACCGGUUGCCACUAAUGAUGCCUCGGAGAUAGACCAGGACGGCGAAGUCAUCAUCCAUGCUCCUCCGGACCACACGGGAGUAACUAACACCAACCCGGGGGAAGAAGAAAAGUUCAAGCGAGCUAGAGCACUCUCUAAAGAAGAAGCCGAGUCGGGGAAAUACUCAAUCAAAGACAUCGUCCUCCCAACCCCGGGUUGGGACAUAGUCUAUCCACAAAACGCUCUCAUGGAGGUCUACACUCGAGUCAUGAAAGAACACACCUUGGACCCUCUAAACAUGAAGCGCAGUCACAAGGAAACAAGUCUUCCGGGAUCCUAUCGUCACGUUAUUGGCACGUUUAUCAACGGCGAAGCCAACUACGAGAUCAGAAAGUACCAUGGCGACGAGCAGAUCGUCAAGACUGAUCUUGAUGUCAUCAAGGAAAAGGAGGCCAUUGCCAACGGGGCUGCGAAGGGUGAUGGGAAGACGGCGGUGAUCUUAAGGUUCCAACUUGGUACAAGUACCUAUGCUACUAUGGCGCUCCGGGAGUUGAUGAAGGACGGGGUUAGAGCGUUUGUUCCGGAAUUCGGCAGGGCGUAG